GGCCCGCGGGGACCCGCCGGCGCGGCGCUGCCGGGGCUGGGCGGCCGCGCUGCGCUCCCGGUGCCGGCGCGCUCCGCUCCGGGGCGCGCGUCGCUCGCACCGCGCUCCCCGCCGGUGGGCGUGGGGACGGACAGCCGAGCCGGCGAGCGAUCCGCAGGCUGUGCUGGCCUCUGCGAUCUGACCCGCCCGGUGACGAUCCCGUCCGCCGCCGCGGCCGCGGCCCUCCCUCCGCCCCCGAGCAAUCGCAGCCUGGGCGACUUCCAGGCACCCAGUUCUCUUCUCGGUAGAGGUAAUGAAUCGGGGCUCGGUGCUCCCCCGCGCGCUGCCGCUCACACAUGUAAGAAGGCGGCCCUGUUAAUUAACUUUAAUUACAAUCAUUCGGCCUCCACCUGCCUGGACCCGGCGCUGCACCCCGGGACCUCUCCGGAUUGCUCUUGCCAGGCAGCUCUUUUGCCUUUAGUGUGGGAAGCAGUUCUCGUGGGAGAAUUGGUGUCCAGCUACUAAUUCAAGCUUGAGUGCAUGAACAGAAAAUAACUUUGUUAAAAACUUCUGUCACAAGUGAUAGAAGCAACGACCCAUAAGAGUACAUCCCUGUCUGUGCCUCAUUGUGCUGCCUUUUAGCACUUGGGUAGUAAUGAAGCGACCAUUAUGUCCUCAGUCAGUGAAGUAAAUGUGGACAUCAGAGAUUUUCUAAUGAGCAUCAAUUUGGAGCAGUACCUCUUACAUUUCCGUGAAUUUGGUUUUUACACUGUGAAGGACUGUGCAUCGAUAAAUGAUAGUGUGCUACACCAGAUCGGAAUAUCGCCUACAGGACACCGUAGGAGGAUACUUAAACAGUUACAAAUGAUCUUUUCAAAAAUGCAAGACAUCCCAAUCUAUGCAAAUGUCCAUAAAACAAAGAAUGGUGGCUCCUCAAAAGAGCAUCCCAGUGCGGCAUCGUCCAGCAGCAACACCUGCACAGAAUGUGCUGACUCCGUCAGCAUCCCGAGACCUGGCCCGGCAGCCUUGGAGACCUUGGAGAGUUCCCUUAGUGAUGGAAAUCGCCAGUCUCCUAAGUCACAUGAUAAGCUCUCUCUUUCUUCACAUGACCCAUCCUUUCAAGACGAGCUACACCAGAAUGUGGAUUCUUCGCAAGAUUCUUUAUUUGGUAGUGUAAAUGUUAAAAUAGAUUCUUUGAUUACCAAGAAGGCUGUGGAUUGCACAGCUGUGGCAGAACAAACGGAAAAAGACAACUUAAUAUCAGAAGAUUCCAGCAACGCUCUUAGCACAAACCCUGAAUGCCUUCCCGCUGUGGAUUACCCAACAUCGGAAACGCAUUCUAGAAAUGGAACUAAUGGCUUAUUAGAAAACUCCACACCGUCCCCGUUCUUCCAGUUUCAGGGAGAGAUGGUUGUGAAUGAUCUGUACGUUCCAUCCUCACCAGUCCACACACCCAUGAGAAGCCGGAGCAAGCUGGUUUCCAGACCUUCUCGAUCAUUUCUGCUGAGACACCGGCCUGUACCAGAGAUCCCAGGGUCAACAAAAGCAACUUCUGGGAGCUAUUUCCGUGACAGAAGAAGUGUUGCUACCUCAGCUGGAAAGUCUUCGACACUGAUAAAUUCAAAUGAGGAUAAUUCAACUUCCAUCUUUCCUUAUGGAGAGACAUUUCUCUUCCAGAAACUAGAAAGUUCCAAGAAGCGAUCUGUAAAGAAUGAGUUUUGGCCUCAUGAGGACACUGUGAAAGAGGAUGCAGCCACGACAAGUAACCCCAUCUUAACCAAGUCAAGCAUAUAUGAUAACAGGAAGGAAGAAGUGAGUGAAGACAAAGUAGAAGACAUUUGGAUACUCCGAGAGGAUAAAAAUAACCUUCCCAAGGACUCAGCUUCUGAGUCAGAGUACUCAACAGUGGAGGAAUGCUUCCAGAGCCUAAGAAGAAAAAAUUCGAAAGCGUCUAAGUCUAGGACUCAAAAAGCCUUCUACCUGGACCCUUUUAAUAGACACAGUUAUCCUUUAAGCUCCACAAGUGGAAAUACUGAUUCAUCAGCCAUCUCAAAUGCCAUCUCUCCCUAUGCCUGCUUCUAUGGAUCUUCUGCAGCAAAGGUUAAAUCUGGAUGGCUGGAUAAACUCUCACCUCAAGGAAAACGCAUGUUUCAGAAGAGAUGGGUGAAAUUUGAUGGCCUUAGCAUUUCUUACUACAAUAAUGAAAGAGAGAUGUAUUCAAAAGGAAUAAUUCCCCUCACUGCAAUCUCCACAGUUCGAGCUCAAGGAGACAACAAAUUCGAAAUUGUUACAACACAAAGAACUUUCGUUUUCAGAGUAGAAAAAGAAGAAGACAGAAAUGAUUGGAUCAGCAUAUUGUUAAGUGCACUGAAGUCACCAUCCCUUACCGAACAGUUGCAAGCAGCUGUGGCACCUGAGAAAUGUGGAUAUCUUGAAUUGAGAGGAUAUAAAGCCAAAAUUUUUACUGUAUUAAGGGGAAACAGUGUGUGGCUUUGCAAAAAUGAGCAGGAUUUUAAGAGUGGGCUUGGUAUUACUGUAAUUCCCAUGAAUGUUGCAAAUGUAAAGCAAGUAGAUCGAGCUGCGAAACCGUCUUUUGAGUUAAUCACGCCAUACAGGAGUUUCAGCUUCACAGCAGAGUCUGAGAAAGAGAAACAGGAGUGGAUUGAAGCUGUGCAGCAGUCAAUAGCAGAAACUCUCUCUGAUUAUGAAGUAGCUGAGAAGAUUUGGUUCAAUGAGUCCAACAGGAGCUGUGCAGACUGUAAAGCCCCCGACCCUGACUGGGCGUCCAUCAAUCUCUGUGUUGUCAUCUGCAAGAAGUGUGCAGGACAGCAUAGAUCUCUGGGACCGAAAGACUCUAAAGUUAGAAGUCUGAAAAUGGAUGCCAGUAUUUGGAGCAAUGAGCUCAUUGAGCUAUUUAUUGUCAUUGGAAACAAGAGAGCAAAUGACUUUUGGGCUGGUAACCUUCAAAAGGAUGAAGAGUUACAGAUGGAUGCACCAGUUGAAAAGAGAAAAAACUUUAUUACCCAGAAAUACAAAGAAGGAAAAUUCAGAAAGACUCUUUUAGCAUCUCUGACCAAAAAGGAGUUAAAUAAGGCUCUGUGUGCUGCGGUAGUGAAGCCGGAUGUGCUGGAGACGAUGGCCCUGCUCUUCAGUGGAGCUGAUGUCAUGUGUGCCACAGGAGACCCUGUGCACAGUACCCCUUACCUGCUGGCCAAGAAGGCUGGGCAGACGCUGCAGAUGGAAUUCCUCUACCAUAACAGGUUCUCAGAUUUCCCUCGGCAUGAUGCUCAUUCUGAGGGUGGGUCGAGUCAGGAGGCCUCCCAGUCCACCUUUCUCUGUGACUUCCUGUACCAGGCUCCUACCUCUGCUUCAAGAGUCUCUACAGAGAAACGGCUCCUUGAAGAGACCAAUAAAAAAUGGUGUGUUUUGGAAGGUGGCUUCUUGAGUUACUAUGAAAAUGACAAGUGUACCACACCUAAUGGCACCAUUAACAUCAGUGAAGUUAUCUGCCUGGCUGUCCAUAAAGAAGACUUCUAUUUGAAUACUGGGCCGAUCUUUGUCUUUGAGAUCUACUUACCUUUGGAACGUGUCUUUUUGUUUGGAGCUGAAACAUCUCAGAUUCAAAGAAAAUGGACAGAAACUAUAGCCAAGCAUUUUGUUCCCUUUGUUGCUGAAAACUUAACAGAAGCUGACUAUGAUUUGAUUGGUCAACUCUUCUACAAAGACUGCCAUGCCCUGGACCAGUGGAGAAAAGGCUGGUUUGCUAUGGACAAGUCUAGUUUGUACUUUUGCCUUCAAACUCAAGAAGCUCAGGAAGACAGGAUGCACCUUCGAAGACUGCAGGAGCUAACAGUCAGCACGAUGGUUCAAAAUGGGGAAAAAUUAGAUGUGUUACUCUUGGUAGAGAAAGGGAGAACGCUGUACAUCCAUGGGCAUACCAAGUUGGAUUUCACAGUCUGGCACACUGCAAUUGAAAAAGCAGCAGGUACAGAUGGUAACGCAUUGCAAGAUCAGCAGCUCUGCAAAAACGACGUCCCCAUCAUUGUGAACAGCUGCAUAGCAUUUGUUACACAGUAUGGGUUAGGAUGCAAAUACAUUUAUCAAAAGAAUGGCGAUCCCUUGCGUAUAAGUGAACUCCUGGAGAGUUUCAGAAAGGAUGCAAGGAGUGUUAAGCUGCGAGCUGGAAAACAUCAACUUGAAGAUGUGACGGGCGUGCUGAAGCAGUUCUUGUCUGACAUUGGGGAUGCGCUUCUCACGAAGGAGCUCUAUCCUUACUGGGUCUCCGCGUUAGAUAUACAAGAUGAAAAGGGAAGAACUGAAAAAUACAGAGCGUUUAUACGCACUCUUCCGGUGGUCAACAGGGUUACACUGGCAGCUAUAAUUGAACAUCUUUACAGGGUUCAGAAAUGCUCAGAAAUCAAUCAGAUGAAUGCCCAUAACUUGGCGUUGGUCUUUUCAUCCUGUUUAUUUCAAACCAAGGGACAGACUAGUGAAGAAGUCAAUGUAAUUGAAGAUCUAAUCAAUAAUUAUGUGGAAAUAUUUGAGGUUAAAGAAGACCAAGUCAGACAAAUGGACAUAGAAAAUAGCUUUAUAACCAAGUGGAAGGACACCCAAGUGUCCCAGGCUGGGGACCUGCUCAUUGAAGUGUAUGUGGAAAGGAAGGAACCUGACUGUAGUAUUAUAAUUCGGAUCUCUCCUAUGAUGGAAGCUGAAGAGUUAACCAAUGAUAUAUUAGCAAUAAAAAAUAUUGUUCCUACAAAAGGUGAUAUUUGGGCCACAUUUGAAGUCAUUGAAAAUGAAGAGCUAGAGCGUCCUCUUCACUACACAGAGAAUGUGUUGGAACAGGUGCUUCAGUGGAGUUCAUUAGCUGAACCUGGUUCUGCUUAUCUCGUGGUGAAGAGGUUCUUGACCAUUGACACAAUUAAACACUGCAGAGAGAAAAGCAUCAAAGAAGGUGCCUUGAAGCUCAAAGAGGAACCAUCUAAAAUACUGUCUGGGAAUAAGUUUCAAGACCGAUACGUUGUUUUACGAGAUGGACAUCUCUUUAUUUACAAGGAUCCAAAGAGCAGCAAACAUGACAAAAUGUUUCCUCUCAGUUUGAUGAAGUUUUAUCUUGGUGUGAAAAAGAAAAUGAAGCCCCCAACCAGUUGGGGAUUGACCGCAUAUUCGGAAAAACAUCACUGGCACCUGUGUUGUGACAGCUUGCAAUCGCAGAUGGUGUGGAUGGCCUGCAUCUUCAUUGCCCAGCAUGAGAAUGAUAUAUGGCCGCCAGCUGGAAAGGAACGAAAACGUUCAAUAACCAAAAAUCCCAAGAUUGGAGGUUUACCUCUGAUUCCCAUCCAACAUGAGAGAAAUGCAACCCAGGCCCGGAAGAAUAUUGAGGCUGCCAGAGCAGAGCUUGAAAGGCUGCGGCUGGGGGAGAAGCCUGAUCGAGACUUCACAGACUCCAGCCUGAAAGACAGAGCCUCCAUCAUAGCCCACUGCUUGGAGCACAAAGAUGAUAGACUUCGAAAUCGUGCCAGAAAGCAUCGCAGUUUGAACUGCUUAGAGGACACAGAGGCAGAAGUUCCACACGGCCCACCAAAGGGCUCUAAAGGUCCAAAGACACUAAAGAAGACAGAGGACAGGAACAGCAAGGCGACUUUAGACCCGGACCAUAAGCUGCCAUCGAGAGUCAUUGAGGAACUUAGUGUGGUUCUUCAGAGGUCAAGAACCCUUCCUAAAGAGUUACCGGAUGAACAGACAUUACAGAAAGAGAUCAAAUAAAUCAUUGCACACUUAUUUUUUUAACAUUGUGUACAUGUGCAAAACAAAGAUCAAACUGUACUUCUUGAGUUUCUGUAUCUAGAUAAAUUUGUCUGUAUUUAAGCAAUUUGUUUAUCUGUACCUAAGCAUUUAAAGAACAUUUUAAAAUAUGUAUAUAUGUGGUUAAGUAUAAGAGAUCAAGUUUAUUUUGGUCUGAAAAAUUGUAAAGUUCAAUUGUAUUAACCUUAAUAAGCCUUUGGGUUACUGUAAGUGGCCAGGUCUUUGAAAAUAGAUGUGUAAGUGAGAUAAUUUAUGAACAGAAACUUGUACUGUACUGUGUAAAAUGCUGCAUGUACAUGGAGCCUGUUGAAAUUGUAUAUUUUGCACUUUGAGAAGGCUUGUAUAGAAGUUGCCUUGUCUUUUUAGGUUUACAUGGGGUCCAUUUUACGGAAAAGAAAGGGAAGUCAGUUCAGAAGGGGAAAGGUACUGCAGUGGCUGCCUAACAAACAUCGGGAGGAAAGGCAAUAAUUUAAAAACACUCUGCCGCCCACAGAGCUAGCCUAACAUUCAUUCCAAUUCCACAAGAAACAAAGCUUGUUAAGAAGACACUGCUCUUUAAGAAAAAAAAAACAUUGUCUUGGGUGCUUCAACAAUAAUGUCCAGCCAGCCGUGUCAGCAGUGGCACUGGCCGCUGUCAUUCUUGGUGCCGGUGGAAGAGCCCCAGGACAUGUUCACUGCACCAGAGCUGUCUGUCAGUGUCUGCUCCGAGGAGCUUACAUUCCACUGAAGAGUGUGCGUGGGCCCGGCCGGAUGUCAAUUGCACUGUUGUUGCAUGCAGGCAAUGCUUUAGGGUUCCAGACUGUGUUUUUGGUACGAACAAAAUUCAUCACCACAAGGUCUUCUGCUGUUUUGGUUUUGCUUCUUUUGUGUGUGUGUGUGUGUGUGUGUGUGUGUGUGUGUGUGUGUGUGUGUGUGUGACAGUGCUUACUUUUGCAUUGUCAAUGUCAACUGGAAGUGUGUGAUUUGUGGCCACUUUGAAUGCAGAGAUGGCUACUUACACAGCACAUUUUUGGGCAGACAGUACACAUUCCUCUUUUUUUUUUUUUUCCCUACCUGUGGAAAUGAGAAAACCCUGUAUUUUUGUUGCCACAAAAUGAUUGGGUACAAAUUUGACAACUUUUAUAAGUCAGACUACCUUAGCUUAUAAUAGUUCAUUUCAAGGAUGGCGUUUUUGAUAACUUUCUUCCAAAUUAAAUUUGGUUGGUGACUCUUACAACUGGAAGUUAUAUGGGUGAUCUUUGUCCUCUCUGCGUUGGGAUUUUUUUUCUGCUUAAGACAUGUCUGGUCUAUGCUCUUAGAGUCUGUUUCACUCCUUCCCUCACAGCAAAACAGUAUGCUAUGCUAUGAACUAAUAGGUCUGUCUUCACUCAGAUAUGCUAACUACUUGUAUUUGUUGAAGACAGCAGGAUUACCAGGAGUAUGGAGUAUUUAUUCUUUAAGUCCAGAUAAAUUGUAACUGAAAUCAUAAGUAAAACUGCAGGGCAGUUUUAUGAGUUGUUGGCACUACUGAGGAAGCUUCCUUCAAAGCAAGAUAUCCUGUUGUUUGGAAAGAAAAGAUUAAUUUUAGAAAACGUAUUUCUAAUAAGUAAUGAUAUUUAUAUUUUUAUGAAAUAAAGAGACAGGGAAAUGAUGGUUUGGCCUUGUUGGGAAGGUAUCUGGCACUUUGAUCUAUCUUACUGGAAUUUCUUCUGAAAGUUGAGUUUAAAAACCAAUCACUUCUGUUUCUCUUUCAUUCAUGAACAAUUGUCUCCAUUUUUCAUAUGUAACAUAAGGGCUAAUGGUUACAUCUCACAUAUUUUGAGUAAAAAUUAAAAUAGUUUUACAAGUC